AUGACAACACCCAACGGCGGCGCAUGGUACAACAGCGGCCCCGGGCCAUCCUACAGCAAUAAUAGCAAUGGCUAUGGCUCAAAUCCUUACCACCAAACAACCCCGAUCGCACCAGGUCGUCAGCAGUCCUCAACCCCGAUCCGACUGCAGCCGCCACCGCCGUCGACAAACCGCUACAGUAACUUCGAAAUCACUAUUCCGGUUAACCGCUGGCCUGCUAGUCAUUCGAAUAGCGGUACUCCGAAUACUCCCAGCACACAGUCUAAUUCUAUGGAUCCGCACUUGACCUUGAUUUCUAUGGCCGAGGGUUACUUUGAGGCUGCGCAUGCGAGUGGAUACAGAGCAGCUUUGGCAAAGGGGGGUGGGGAUGCGAAGGCCUAUUAUAAGUUGAUUGCUACGGGGUUGAGGGCCCUGGAGGCGGCUUUGCAGUGCCGACUUCAACCAAGAUUAGAAGCUAUGGUCAGGCUACGAUAUGCUGGGAUAUUACAUGAGGAGACGGAGAAUGGGGAUGAAGCUGAAGAUGCUUUAAAUAAAGGAAUUAUGCUAGCGCAAAGGGGCAACUUCACCGAUAUCAAAUACACCAUGCAACAUCUUCUUGCGCGUAUUAUGCUACGAACCACCCCAAAAGCUUCUCUAAAGAUGCUCAAUUCCUGUAUUGCCGACUCGGAGACCCUCGAUAUGGUCCACUGGACAUAUUCGUUCCGAUUCCUUCGAUGUAAUAUCCUGAUGGAGGAUUCCCCACUACACGAUGAGCAGGGCGCAAUAACUACUCUUCAAAAGAUAUCGGGUACUGCAGCCGCACGUCAUGACCACGGGAUAUAUCUACUCGCAAGCUUAAUGGAGACAAUGAUCUCGGUUUCUUCUGGGGCUGACGGAAUUGAGGCGGCCAAUCGUGCGUUGGCAAGAGCGAAUUCUUUACAGCUGGAAAGUAUGCAAGGGAUGGAGCAAUUGGGUAUCUUACGGCAAAUGUUGGAUAUCAUGUGCUCACUCAUGGCUGGGCGCUAUAGCGAGAGCGAGGUAAAGGUCAAGGUACUGCACGGAAUGCUCGACCAUAGUUCAAAGGCCCAGAUAUGGACGCCCAGUGGGGAAUUUGAAAUAUUAAUUAAUCCCGUGCGGCUCGGGAGACCCGAGGAAAAACUAAAGUUCAAAUGGUUGACCAAAGAAGAUAUUUUCGUGUUGGGAUACUUCAUUAGCGGCCUCUGCAAGUUCCAGAAAAAUGUCGAAGAAGUGGGGCGCGGGGAGAAAUACCUGCAGGAAGGCCUCAGGUCUAUAGAACGUCUAUUGAAGGAAGAUCCCGCUGGCACGACCUCGCUUGUGGGGGCUAUGAACAAGUCUACAUGGAGGCAAACGCUGAAAUGUCAUGUUAUGCUCUACCACACUUUCCUCCUCUGCGUGAGAACAGAUUGGGACGGCGCUAUUAAGGGAUUCAACAACCUCCAACAAGCCUUCUCGGUGCUACCACCUCAAAGAUCCCUCCUACCAACACUAAUCACCUACCUACAAGCCGUAAUAUCCCAUGGCACGAACCAAUUGGACCAGGCCCUAGAGCUCUAUAAACUAGUCUACACGACUGUCCAAUCUCCGGAUUCAGAGAUAUCAAUAAUCUCCAAACUGAACUCCAUCAUAAUUCUCCGGCCGCGCGACUCCCGUGCAGCAGAACAUUUGAUGACUACGGUAGAGAAGCCCUGCACAUCGACCAAAAACUACCUCAUGAAGGCGGCGUACAUGGCCGUCAAAGCCACGGAGCGAGGCGAGCUGGUCAAGACAAAGAACUACCUGAGUUUGGCCCUGCAGCUUGCUACGCAAACAACGAAUCAGCAGUUGACAUUCAUCUUGCUUAGCUUCAUGUGUCACAGAUUCUUUUCGGGCGUAGUUAGCGAGCAGGCUGAGAAAAGUGCUAGGGCAGCGCUGCAGAAUGCUGCGCGUGGGAGGGAUAGCUUGUGGAGUCUUAUGGGGGGUGAGAUGUUUGCUGACUGCCUGGCGAGAAAGGGUAAUGAGUACGAGGCUAUGAGACAAAGAGACCUCAACGAGGAACCCAGAAACGCGGUUGUUGCGAACUUGACCCGGCAUAUGCUCCCGGAUGAGCAUGCCGGUAGAGGAGUAGGGUUUCACGAAGUUGUCUAAAAAGUGCUGGGAGUGCUAGAGUUAGGGUAGAUAGGCGACGUUUGCAUUGGAUUCUUUUACGGACUUCGGUUUUUUCAUUUUUAACUCUAUUUCUGUCUCGAGGAAGGUAUGGUGUAAUAUGUUUCCUUACAGUAGACGAUAUCUUUUAUUCGUCGCCGUCGCGGGUAUUUG